AUGCGACUGCUUCAAAGAUGUGCUUCCGUUGUUCAGACGACGAAAACCAUUACGAGAACUCCAUCGGGUGUGGUUGUCCUACAGCACGUACAAAGGCUUUUAG